AAAUAACAAACGUAUUCUCACCGCACCGCACCUCCUGUUUCGUCUCCGCCGCCGGACCAGCGACGGCCGCCGCACCUCCUCUCCGAAACCCUACUCCGCCGGCGUGGAUCCGCCCCGCUCCAAUGGAGGCACCGCCUUUCCCUCCUGCGCUUCCGCCUUCUCAUCCGCCGCCACCCCCACCCCCCGACCUUACCUCCGCCCUCGCCCGCCUCCGCUCCCUCCUCUCCGCCGCUUCCUCAGCCCUCGCCGCCCUCCCCUCCCCUCUCCAACUCCACCAAGCCAGCCUCCACACCAGCAUCCCCUCACCUGAGCCCACCACCACCGCCAAACCUCCACUCCCGCCGCCCACCACCGCCAUCACCCUCCCGCUCCCGGCCGCCCCAGCCCCCUACGCCGACUGCCCCGCCGUCGUCCGCACCACCCCCACCCCGAUCCCCGCGGUCUCCACCCUCCCCGCCCCCAUCGCCGCCGAGUGCGCAGAUUUCUCCUCUUGCGGUGCCGGCCAGAGCCCCUCCCCGCCGCCCCGCAUCCUGCCGUCGGAGCUCAGCCUCCUGCGCCGGGAGCUGGACUCCUGGGGCGCGGGGGGCUACCACCCCCCUGGGUCGUGCUCCUACGCUGCAACCCGGGUGGCGGCCGCGCUCCGCUUGGGCGUGACGCCGCGGUGGGAGGCCGAGCUGCGGCAGUGGGUGCUUGGGAGCUCACCGAGGUACGGGGUCAAGGUCGGCAUGAUGGAGGCAGACCAUAUUUGUGUGCUGUUGUGGCUCUGCUUGAAGGUGACGGCGGCGGAGGCUGGGUGCUCACUGGAGGCGAUGCACUAUGGGGAUGGCAACGAGAGUGUAGGUUUUGAUCCCAGGGCCAAGAGGUUUGAGUGCCCAAGGCUGGUUGAGGGCGUCUCGUGGUUAGGCACACAGCUUGGGGUUCUGUAUGGAGAAAGCAAUGGGAGACUAUUUGCUCUUGCAGCAGUGAAGGAGGCGGUGCUUCAGAUGGCGUAUUGCUUGGCUGUCGGUGUAGGAGAUGGUGCGGUUGGUGGAGGAGAGGGUGAGGUUGGAGCCAGUGGAGGUGCUGGUGAAAUAGGAAGUAAUGCUGGAGAUGUUGUGGCAGGCCGUGUUUUUCUUUCCCAGGUUGCUGCUGCCAUCAUGGCAUUGUAUGAGAGGUUCUCCUUGGAGAAGACCAAAGCACUGCAAGCUCAACGCCCGUCGAAACAUCAGUUAUUACUUGAAUAUUCACAAGCACUGGAACGAGGGGACUUGGAGCGAUCAAACAGACCAAACUACAGAGCUGUUCUAGAGUAUGAUGGGAUUCUGUCACGGAGAGUAGAGAACCAGGAAUCUGCUAGAGCCAAGACAAGGGAGGAGCUUUUAGCUGAAGAACGAGAUUACAAACGAAGAAGAGCGUCUUACCGUGGCAAGAAAGUGAAUCGAAACCCUACAGAGGUACUAAGAGACAUAAUUGAUGAGCAUAUGGAGGAAAUCAAACAGGCAGGAGGUAUUGGUUGUCUUGUGGAAGCUCCUUCUGACAUUGCAGAAAAUGUGCUUAAGAGCAACUCUCAUGGUGGUACAUAUCAAGGAAGUUAUGAAUUUUCUAGGAUAUCUUAUCAUGAUAAGGCAGCAUUGGGUUCUCGGUCACCUAGUUGUGACAAGUCACCACGUGCUGAUUCGUUGGGAAGAUUUUCAUCAAGGAGCCGUGACACAAGAGAUUCAUACAAGACCUCAAGAUAUGAAACUCAUGGGAACCGUUACCAAUAUAUAUCUGAGAAUGAAAAUAGGUUGAUUGUAGGAUCAGAAAGUGAAGUUGAUCAAAGUUAUCCUUACCGGCAAGAGAAUCAUCGACGACAAAGAAGCUCCAAUGAUAAUAUAAAUUAUGGGAAUAAGUAUAAGAAGGGUGUCCCGGAUCACCGUUCUGAAUCUAGUGAUUGUGCAGCAUGGUCAGCACGAUCACAAAGAUCUUCUGUCACAGAAUAUGCUCACAUGUCAGGAGAAGGGUGCAGUGAUAGAAAUAGAGCUAGUCAGAAGCAGCAUAGAUCAUUAUCUGUAACUCAAGACCAGUUCAGCGACAGAUAUGAUCCCCAAAGCACAUAUUCUGAUGGAGACCCUCCGACAGACAUGCUUUCUGAUGCUGCUGAAGGAAAGCGUGAGAUAUACCAAGCUGAAGUACAUCAUCGCAGACAUCAUGAAAGAAAGCAUGAUCACCACCGCUGAAUGAUAAUAGUUUGCUUUCUAUGUCAGUAGCUAAAUAAUACAGGCCUCUGGGUUAUUAGCCUUCAGCUGUAUCCUUUUAUGUAUCCUCAUGCAGCUUUAUAACUUCCUUACUUUCUGAGUUAAUAUCUGUUGCAGCUGUUAUUUCUCAGGAUCUAUUAGCUGUUGAAGUUUUAUCAUGUUUUACAAAUUCAUUUACACCAAUCAAGGUUCUUAUUGUGCUUUCUUGUGAAAAUAAUUCAAGUUUUAUCCGGUGUUAAUAGUUAUUUUAAUUAUAUCACUGCUAAUGUUCGGAAGCACUUUCUUCUAGUAUUCGAGAAUUUUUUAAAUUAAUUUAUUGUGGACUUUAACCCAGUAUGAGCUGAAAAGGAAUUUCUGCUGUCUGCUUUUGCUUCUCUAGAAUUCAGAGUGUUUUUUUUCCUGAAGCUCUGUUUUUUUUUUGGUUAUGUAUGCAAGAUUAUCCUCAUCUGGUCAAGAGUCAUGACUACUGACGCAUAGUUUCUUGAACAUACUUUGUUCAUUCUAAUUCAUGUGUCUGUGUGGUUUAGGGUGCAAGUUGGCAUGCCAUUGAUUCACUUAUGUGACUGAUUUUUUUACAUGAGUCUGCCUCAUGGGUGCGUGGAAAUGGUGAUCUUUGAAGGUGCAACUAAUAAUUUUUUUGAGGGGUACUGUUAAGUCCUUGAGCGUAGGUUCAUUAUCCUCUAUGAUGUAGGGAGCCACUGCUUUCAAGAUUAUAACACUGGCGGUGAAAAUGUGAAUAAUGGAAAACCUGAAUUCCUGUAAGAAUUGUUUUUAUCUGAAUUAUCUAAAGUACCCUACCUUUCAAUCAAAGAUGAAAUAUUUUCGUGAAAAAAAAUAAUAAAAUUGGUUUAUUGUUAUCAAAACUUGCAAACUUAUUACAUUCCUGAGUAUCUUACACCCGUUGCUUCCUUACUUGAUCAUGGUGCAAGUCUAUGGCCAGUCAUCUGUAUGACUUCUUUAGAUUUGAAUUGUAUGACUAUUGAUCAGACAGUGUCUUCUUUAUACUUGAAUUUAACCUACAUGGAGCUGAGUUUCAUCGACUAUAUCGCAAAUUCGCAAUAACAAAAAUGAGUUUAAAACUGAAUGAGUUUUUAUAUAAAGCUUGAGAGUUACAAGUGAACAUAAACAUUGUUAUUUUGCUACCCUUGUAUUGUAUUUUUGGAGAAUUAGAGGAAACAGUCAGAAUGCCAAAUCUUGUUUUGUGUGUAUUGAUUUAUUGACCCAUCACUUUAUUUGAAAUCAGGAAAAAGAUGAAAAAAAGAAAAGAAAUAAUCCAUGCUCUUUAGAAACACUCUAGUUGCCUUUUUUUUCUGCAUAAAAGAAAACCGGCAAUUAAGUUUCAAUCAAGACUUCUUAUAUGUGCAGAUAUGCUACCUCAGCAGUUACAAUGUUCCGUUGUUAGUUUUUCACAUUCCAGCCAUAGAUCUUUUCUGACAGUCUGACACAGUGCCUAAUGUUCUCUCAUUACAACAGUUUUUCUGCUUGUAAAUAGUAACUGGUUCAUGUUAAUUUCAAUUUAUGUCAUCUCAUUUGGCAACAGUUGAAUAGUUUGUUGACACAGUGUUCUCUCUCAAAACAUAUCUAAUCUGCCAUCACUUUUCUUGUAGGCAAUCAAUCUGAGCAAUGGGGCCAGUUCACAAACUCUUAGGUAGCAACUAAUACUUUUUCUUGGUCAGCUUCUCUUUACUAUUCUGCAGAAGCGUUUCUGAGGUCUACAUCAUUUCAUUGUACUGAAUGUGCUUCCCCCUAGUUACUGCUGUACCAUAGAGAUAUAUAGUGCUGUAUUAAAGAACUACCAUGACUUUGUGGAAACCAAACAUCGUGCCAACUUUGAACAGUCUGCAUCUAUUGCUACUGUCCAUUCAACCUUGACAUUCAUGCACUUGUUCAUAUGUUGGUGCUUGAGAUCCUCACUUGUCAUAAGGAACCAGGAAGAAGAUGCAAUGUUUUCUUGCUCUGUUUAAGUUGUUGGCUGAGGCAUACGAAGAUGAACGGGGUGGUUGUUUUCAAACUUACCGCGCCUGUGGGAAUACACUGCAAUCGAGAUUAUGGACAUACAAAGUCAUGCAUUUGCACUGAAGUGUCAUGGAAGGAAAUCAGGCCAAAGUUAUUAACUGUGAUUCCAGAUAAGAAAAAUUAUUACAAUGGUAAAUAGAGCACCAAGUUCUUAUGGCAGAUAAGGAGUUUGCUCAAAUCCAUAACCCCUACCAUGGAGUCACAAAUGCAGGGAUGUACUCUUGUGAAGUGCAUUUUGUUACCAUUUACGAAUGAAUUAGUAGCUUUUGUGAGUUUGCCAUCAGUGGCAGAGGAUACCACGGUUUAGAUCAGAAGAACUACAGCAUUUCUAUUGCAGCACUCUAAACUUAAUUAUUGGAAUCUUGUUCAUUA